CACAACAAACCGAACCACCUGAAAUUUCCAAGGUUGCGUGAUAAUACAUGCCUGUUUGGCUGAUUAUUCAGCGUUUGUGAAUUGAAACUUCGAUUAACAAACUUUUUCCACCAUGAGUGAAGCAGGUGAAGAAAUCAACGGAGAUUCCCUCAAAGAAAAUACACAGCCUUUACGCGAAGACCUGAUUUCCACUGCUGUAAAGUUUUUGCAAAACCCCCGUGUUGCAACUCGUCCCAGGUCAGAAAAAGAAUUGUUUUUGCAAAGAAAAGGAUUAAAUCAUGCUGAAAUUUCUGCAGCAUUUGAGGCCUCUGGAAUGAAAGAAACCAAAUCAGAGGGAGGUGUAGGGCAUUACUCUUCAGUUAAAGUAGCCCAACUACAUGAAUAUAGUCAAUCAUUGGCACCAGUUGCAACAUCAAAAUGGAGUAUAAUCAGGGAUAUACUAAAUGCAUCAGUCCUUAUAGCAGGAGCUGCAUAUAGCCUUCAUUAUUUGUACAGGCGAUUCAUAGAGCCUUUUUUAUUUGGCCAUAAAAAGAAGAAGUCUUUGGCAGACACUGUUGAAGAAAUGAACAAGAACCUAACUUGUUUAGUCGGCGACGUUUCUGCUGCUGUACAGAAUCUAACAGACACAGUUGCUACGCUUCGUUCAAAACAGCACGAACAAUCCGAAUUGAAAGAGUUAAAAGCUGAAGUGACAUCAUUGAAAGCCAUUUUGUUAGGAAGGCGACAGUUUCCUGCUCCUCCAGCAAUCGUGACUGGGCCUCCCUCUAUUCCCCCUUGGCAGUUAAGCUCAACUGGUGGAGCAAAACAAGAUCUACGUGCUGAACAAUCUAACAAGAACAAUCAAAGCGAUGGCAUUUCUCUGUCUUCAUCCCCAGAGAUCAUCUCCGUAGAGGACAUGCAAACAAAUUCUGCGUCGAUGGUGAAUGCUGGUCUGAGCUCGGUAUUACCAGCUCGUGGUCCGAGCGAGAGCAGUGAAUCCAAUAGUGCCGAAAUAGUUGAAAUGGGAGCUUCUGGCGCAUCUGGGGAAGAAGAUACAGAUUAAAUUGCCAAUUUAAACCACACUAUUAAUAUUAUGCCUGUUGCUUUUGUGUUGGAAAGAAAUGUGAAAUUUAAAUACUUUAGUUGAUGCCCUUCAAAAGAUGAGCAUCGGUGAUCGAGUUAAAAUUUCAAGCUGUAUAUCAACUA